UAGAUGCGUUUGUGUAGUUCGUCAGAAGUUGGAAAGAUUAGCAUAGUUAGCGUUUACAGUACAGCAUAGUGAAGCGGUGCAAGGUGUACGCCCUGCAUUGCUCCAUAUACUCUGUGUGAAAGCAAUACACACACAAAUACACAUAACAGAUUCUGCACAGUUUAGAGGCGUACACAAAUGUAGUAAAUAACUUAUGCUGCACACUGGAGCUACACAGCCACUUUUAUUGUCCGCAUCUUUGGUUUCCUGUGUUCGAGGUAAUUACUGUUCGGUCCAAUGAGUACUUCGACUUGUUUGUUAUGGACUUCAAAAAGAAAAAAAAAAGAAAAGAAACUGUCUACUGUCGCUUUAAAAAAAAAAAAAAACUUGCCUGCUCCUGUUACUGUGUCUUUAAGACGCCCGUCUCCGUCUCCUCGGGAUAGCGCGUGACGUCAUGUUUUGCAAUCCAACCUCACGCGUGGAGAAGGGAAUCUCCCGCCAUCUCCGCGAUCCAGGGCAAAAGCGGCAAGUUUGAGAAAAACACGCGAAGCUGAACCCGACGCGAAGAAGCAGGUCCAGGAAUGGCAGAUAAUUCACUGACAAUGGAAUCGGAUGACUUACAGGAGCAGCUGCAGCCUGCAGAGACUCAGGAGGGUCCUGCAGACUGCUCAUCUGAGCUACCCCCAGAGGAAACCCAUACUUCUGAUAACGAGAAUGAGUCCAAAGAAUAUAUGAAUCAGUCCUCAGCCGACACGGAUCAAGUUGAAGUUCAAGUGAAAAACGAGCAAGACGAAGAUUACUCCAGGAUGGAGGAAGAGGAAGGUCAAGAGGCAGCUGAGAUGAUGCACUAUACAGAGUAUAAUGACUACGACGGAGCGCAGAACCAAGCCAGUCCGUACGCAGGGUCCAGGGCGUCUAGCGGGAAACUCAACUGCGACAUCUGCGGGCUUGCCUGCGUGAGCCUCAAUGUCUUACUGGUGCACAAACGCAGCCAUACUGGAGAGCGCCCUUUUCACUGCACCCAGUGUGGAGCUUCGUUCACACAGAAGGGCAAUCUGCUGCGUCACAUCAAGCUGCACUCCGGAGAGAAACCCUUUAAGUGUCACAUGUGCAGCUACGCCUGUCGCAGACGGGAUGCCCUGAGCGGCCAUCUCCGCACCCACUCAGUGGAAAAGCCGUACAAAUGCAACCACUGCGGACGGAGCUACAAGCAACGCAGCUCCCUGGAAGAACACAAAGAGCGUUGCCAUGUCUACAUUCAAAGCAAAGGACUCAGGGAUGGAGAGUCUGAAGAAGUGAGAAUCGCCAAAACACAGAUGGGAACAGAACGGACUCUAGUGCUGGACAGAUUGGCAAGCAGCGUAGCGAAAAGGAAGAGUUCCAUGCCUCAGAAAUUCAUUGGUGACAAACGUCUCUGCCUGGACAUCAACUACAACAACAGCCUGAUGUACAGCAAGGAGAGCGAGCUGAUCCAAAGGGGCAUGAUGGAGCAGGCCAGGGGCUACAUGGGUGCCGAGAACAUGCGACCCUUGAUCCAGACCCCCCCGGCGGGCCCUCCUCCUCCCGAGAUGGUCCCUGUAAUCAGCAGCGUCUUCCCCCUCUCCCUCACCCGCUCCGACAUGAACGGCCAUGAAUCCGAGGGCGGGAGCCACCAGCAUCCGCGGGUCAAGCGUCAGCCUUCCAACAGAGGCCCGUCUCCCAGCACUAGCGGGCACGAAUCCCCCGAAGCAGACAGCCACCCCCAGGAGGAGCGAGGGCAGGGGCACGGCGUCUACAACCUGGGUCAUCUGCUCCUGGCCCGGCCGCGCAACGGCCUGCACCACCCCCACCCUCACCCCCACCCCCACCACCACCACCACCACCACCUCAAAGACCUGCCCCCCAGACCCUACGAGGCCGGCAGGCCUCCCCUGUCGCCCCACGACAUGUUCAGGGUGAUCGGCGGGGAGGGGGAGGCUGUCCCUGCUUUCCGUUGCGAGCACUGCCACGUCCUGUUCCUCGACUACGUCAUGUUCACCAUCCACAUGGGCUGCCACGGCUUCAGGGACCCUUUCGAGUGCAACGUGUGUGGAUACCGGAGCCCGGACAGAUACGAGUUUUCGUCACACAUAGCGCGCGGGGAGCACCGCUUCAUUAACAAAUGAGUUUUUUUUUUUCUUUUCUUUUUUUCAAAAGUAGCAUUGCUUUUUUUUUUUUUUUUAAAUUGUAUAAGACUCUUGUAAAAGCAUUUUCAGGGAUACAAUAUGUGUAUGUACAGUAGAUGUGUGAAUGAAAAAAAAAAGGUUUUCUUUGGAUUUACACUUAAGGUUUGAAUUAAAAAAAAUGUAAUAAACUUAUACUGCACGGUGUUUACUUUGCUUUCUACACAGCUGAAGAAGGGCUUUUGUCUGAUAUGUCCUGAAAUAAAUGUUUUUCUUUUAUUAUUAUUUUUUUUAUCAUUUAAACCUUUUGUGUACAUCCAAAAUAUAUAUAUAUAUUUUUACGUUUUUGUACACUGCAGUUAUACCUCCUUUCAAACCUGUCUAUAUCUAUCUAUAUAUAAAAACAACUCCAGCCUUAUCAAACUCUGCCUGAUAAGUAAGUAGAAUAUUAUUAUUUUAAACAGGACAGGCAGAACAAAUUGUUUUGUAGCCAAUCUGUAUUAGAAGUUUGAUUCCGGCGCAGACUGAUAAGACAUUUUAUUAUUUGUUUAUUUAGCAGAUGUCUUUAUCCAAGGCGACUUACAGAGACUAAGGUGUGUGAACUAUGCAUCAGCUGCAGAGUCACUUACAAUUACGUCUCACCCGAAAGACGGAGUACAAGGAGGUUAAGUAACUUGCUCAGGGUCACACAAUGAGUCAGUGGCUAAGGUGGGAUUUGAACCGGGGACCUCCUGGUUACAAGCCCUUUUCUUUAACCACUGGACCACACAGAAAAAAUUGCCAAUUUAAUAUGAAGCAUUGAAAUGUAUACUCUUGUGUUUGUUAUGAUUAACGGUACCUAUGUUGUUAGUUCUGUGUUUUAUGGUAUGAAAAUAAGUAUAGUUUCAGUUACAGAGAGUGUUAUAAACUUAUAGCUGCACUUUAGCCACGUCAACUGCACUGUAACGUGUUCUCAUUUGAAAUCACUGUAUUAAGAUUCUGAGGGCACUAACAGGUAGAAUUGCUUUUUUUAAAUAUUAAAGCUCAUGACACAAGAGUGAAGAUUUGGGCAACUUGCAAAACAACUCGCUGAAAGAAACAUUUUUGAGCAAUUUUAGCUAUGUGAAUAGUUAAAGCCACAAAUGCAACUUAGUGAAAAUUGCUUGGAAAAAUUGCAUGGUGCUACAUUCAUUUAACGCAACCCACUGUGAAACGUUUGAUAAGUGUGUAAGUGGACUCCUAGGACAGUUGGUGCUUUUCACCUGUCUCAGGUACCUUUCACAACAGGACUACAUUUACCAGAAUGCAUUGGGGUGUGAGUUGAAAAGCCUGAACUGUCUCCAACUGUCCUAGUGUACAUGGAGUCAUAUGGUAACCCUACUUACAAGUAAGCGGAAUGCAAUCAGGUAUCUGCAGGACAUGUUACUAUCAAACAGAGCAAGCCCAGAACAUAAUUAUUGAAAACAUCCUAAACAGACGAGGUCCUGCUAUUUAAAAAUCAAUUUGCAUAGAAUUGUUUUUUCACCCCUACUUUAACAUUGAUCAGUGACGUGCAUGGGGCUGGGGAGCUGGGGGGCUGGGGGCCCCCCUGCCUUCCUGCCCUUGUGCCCCAAAAAGUGCCCUUCUUCUCAGUCAUAAAAAUAUUGUCAACAACUACUAAAAGAUACGCCUGAUUUUAAAAAUGUUUAUAAAAUGAAUUGAACAGGAAGAGGAUCUGUUUUCUUCAUAUGACUUUUUACCCGCUGUGAAACAGCGGCAACCCACAGUCCCCAUAGCCUCCCACCCACCCUCACAAAAGGGCUGCCUUGUGAUGCUUGAAAAGUGAACUUUUUUCUCAAUGAGCCCCUGUUGUUUUACUGCCCUUGAUUGCUCAGCCACUGCAGGUUCACAGAAGUACCAUUGUCCCUUUACUUUGUAGCAAGCAUGCUGAGUAAAGAUAAGCGAGGUCUGUGAUAUUUUUACAAAACUACCUAGUUUGAGUCAGACACAGAAUACUCAUUUUGAGUCAGCUUUUUUUUUUUUUUUUUUUUUGCAAGUACCCAGCCCCCCUCCCACACACGCAAUCAUAGCCUUUUUAAUCCAGGCACUGUAUGCAUUCAGUCAUAGUUCUGUUGUGCCUUCUUUAUGAAGUGAAUCCAGUCAUUGUUAGUGGCACCGCAUGUGAAUCCCUGUUGUAACCAUGACUGAAAGCAGUGGAGUACAGCGGUCUCUUUUGGAACUUAGUCCGAUUAGAUGAUCUUUAUAUCGAGCUGGUUUAAAGUAUUAGUAUUUUACUGUGUAAUGCAGGGGUGUCUAAGUAUUUAUCAUAGCAAUGGUGCAUAGAUGUGUCACCCUUUCUGCUUUAAAUAUACAGCUACCCUCAUACAGCCUUCUUUUCUAUAACAUUCAGCUAGUUCUUCAUGUGUUUGUUUCUUCUGUCUCUACUGUAUGUUCCAUAUCAGAUAAAUUGUAAACUGCUCCUCCCACAGAUUUCUGCAUGCGUACAACAGCUUGAAAUGUUUUUUUUUUGGUUUUUGAUUUUUUUUAGCAUCGUCAAAAAUAUUUGGGUGAGGGGAAAAAAAGUGGAAAUAAUAUAUAUAUUCUAUCUGCAAUGGAAAUGCUGUAUGCAUAGAUAUUUACCUGUAUUUGUGUGGUCAAAUGUGUGCAAUAUAUUUCCAGGUGUAAAAUAAUAGUAUAAUCACGUACAUACAUCUGUGCAGAAAGCAAAAAACAAGGCUUGCCAUCGUUUAUUUUUAAGCCGAACUCUAUGUUAAUGUAAUGUUAGAUCAGAAGCUCAUUAAGAUGUAGGUAAUCACACAUUCAACUUUGUACACUUUUUUGACUCAAAUCCUUAGUAAGAGCCACGUUAAUAAAAGGUGACUUGAAAACAACAUUAGUUUGAACCCAUUUUUUAAGAUUGAUUUGGAAACUUAUCAAUAAGCAUUGCAAAAAAAUAUUGUUUUUUUAAAUAUGUUCAUGUGCAGGUAUUACAGAGCUGUAUAAAUAACCUUUAAAAAAAAAAUACAUGUUAUACUUCUGUUAUUGUUGCUUUGAUUUGUAAAUGAACGACAUGCUUUGUGUUUUUUUUGUAGCAAUGCAAUGUGUUUAAAUUUCUGACAUUUGUAAUGUAGCAGAACUACCUAUUUAUCAAAGGUGAGUGGCUUAUUUGUUUGUAUUCUGUUUACAUU